CCCGCGUUCCCGGCCGGACGCGGGCGGGAGGCGCGCCCGCCAUGGCGGCGCCCGCGCGGGUGUUCGCGUUCCGGGACGCGCGCUGGGCCCCGGACCCGGUGCUGGAGCCGAGCCCGGCCGUGCGCAGCCCGCAGCCCGCGCCGCUGGUCAUCGACAACGGCUCCUUCCAGACGCGGGCGGGAUGGGCCUGCCCCGAGCCCUCCGUCCCCGCCGAGCCGCUGCUGCGGUUCCGCUCGCUGGCGGCGCGGAGCCGCGGGGCCCGCGGCGGGGCGGGCGCCGAGACGCAGGUGGGGAACGACCUGGGCAGCCCCGAGCCGCUGCGCUGGCUGCUGCGCUCGCCCUUCGACCGCAACGUGCCCGUGCAGCUGGAGCUGCAGGAGCUGCUCUUCGACCACGUCUUCCAGCGCCUCGGCGUCUCCUCGCAGGGUUGUGUGGAUCACCCAAUUGUUCUGACAGAAGCAGUUUGCAAUCCUCUGUACUCAAGGCAAAUGAUGUCUGAGCUCCUCUUCGAAUGCUACCAAGUGCCAAAAGUGUCCUAUGGCGUGGACAGCCUGUACAGUUUUUAUCACAACAGAAGGCAGAACUGGCCCUGCAGUGGUUUGGUGAUAUCCUCAGGCUACCAGUGCACACACAUUUUGCCAGUGCUAGAAGGAAGGCUGGAUGCCAAGAACUGCAAGCGCAUUAACCUGGGGGGGUGCCAGGCUGCCGUGUACCUGCAGCGGCUGCUGCAGCUGAAAUACCCCGGGCACUUCGCUGCCAUCACGCUGAGCCGCAUGGAGGAGAUCCUGCACGAGCACAGCUACAUCGCCCAGGACUACACAGAAGAGCUGCAGAAGUGGCGGUGCCCAGAGUACUACGAGAACAACGUGCACAAGAUGCAGCUGCCUUUCUCCAACAAGCUGCUGGGCAGCACUGUGGCAUCUGAGGAGAAGCAGGAGAAGAGGCAGCAGCAGCUGCGGCGCCUGCAGGAGCUCAAUGCGCGGCGGCGCGAGGAGAAGCUGCAGCUGGACCAGGAGAGGCUGGACAGGCUGCUCUAUGUGCAGGAACUUUUAGAAGAUGGUCAGAUGGAUCAGUUCCACAAAGCUUUGGUGGAGCUGAACAUGGACUCUGCAGAAGAACUUCAGUCUUACAUCAACAAAUUGAGUCUGUCUGUUGAGCAAACAAAGCAGAAGAUCCUACAGUCAGAAGUCAAUAUUGAAGUAGAUGUUGUGGACAGCAAGCCAGAGACUCCUGACUUGGAUCCACUGGGCAGUGAACAGUCCCUGGAGGAUGUGGAAAGUAUUAAUGAGUUUGAACCUUUAUUUGCUGAGGAGCAGCCUGAAGUUGAGAAGCCUGUUGCUGCAGUGCAGCCCGUGUUUAACCUGGCAGAGUACCACCAGCUUUUCCUUGGCACUGAAAGAAUCAGGGCUCCAGAGAUUGUCUUCCAACCCUCCCUGAUAGGAGAGGACCAGGCUGGUAUAGCAGAAACCAUGCAAUAUGUCCUUGAGAGGUACUCAAAGGAACAACAGGCUAUCCUUGUCCAGAAUGUUUUCCUCACUGGUGGAAAUACCAUGUACCCUGGACUGAAAGCCAGAGUCCAGAAGGAGCUCCUGGAAAUGAGGCCAUUUCAGUCAUCCUUUCAGGUUCACCUUGCUUCCAGCCCCGUCUUGGAUGCCUGGUACGGGGCGAGGGACUGGGCACUGGAGCACAUGAGCCGUGAGGAAGGCUGGAUAAGCAGGAAGGACUAUGAGGAGAAAGGAGGGGAGUACCUCAAGGAGCACUGUGCUUCCAAUGUCUAUGUCCCCAUCCGCCUGCCCAAGCAGGCCCCGCGGGCAGCAGAGGCUCCCAGCCGAGCCUCGGGCACGGGGAACCCCAGCGAGCAGCCUUAGCCCUGUCCUUGGCCCCGCGGCGCUGCGGGGAGAGCUCCCGGUGUGCGGGGAGGAGCCUCAGCUCUCCCGGUGUGCGGGGAGGACGCCUCAGUUCUCCCGGUGUGCGGGGAGGAGCCUCAGUGCUCCCGGUGUGCGGGGAGAGCUCCCGGUGUGCGGGGAGGAGCCUCAGUGCUCCCGGUGUGCGGGGAGAGCUCCCGGUGUGCGGCAGGGCGGAGCCUCAGUGCUCCCGGCUGCUCGGGGCGCUGGGAUCCCCUCCAGCUCCUUGGCCAAGGAGGAUGGGACACUGGAGCACUCAGUCGUGCUCACACACAGCAGCUCGUGGAGAGGAGAACUCCUCUCAGAGACUGUCGUAGUAAGGCUCAGGGCUUUUGGAGAGUGUGUGUUUUACAGCUUUUUAAAAUUAAAUAAAAUGUCCUGGUUUUACAUGGUUUUUCGGCAGCUGGGCUGUACCAAGCCAGGCAGCCCAGCAGGUGUCCCCCUUGCCCGUGUCACAGUCGUCUGUCGGGACAUGUCAGGUCGUGCUGCAGGACACCAGGGGGGCUGAGCUCAGCCCUGCCUCCCCAGGCUCGUGUUCCAUCUCCUUCCUGCUGAACCACCACCAGUAACCAGUGGGUACUUCUUGUCUCCAUCGAUAGCAGAGAUAUUGAAGUGGUUGAAACUGUAGAGCUGGGCACAUAAGGGCACAACCAGCCCUCCAAGGGGACAGUGUAGAGGACACUGCCCAGCCCUGUGCUGCCCUGGAGAGGUUCUGCUGGCUGAGCAGGGCAGCUCUGUGAUGGGACUUUUUGAUCAAAAGUUGGAGCAAUAAAGCAAAGCUUUUUGAUUUUA